AUGCCACUUCGAACCUUACAAGACCCCGAAGAGGUUAUGGCUGCAAUUGAAGAUAGCCAAAAGCGAAUGAUUGUGCAUUACUGGGCUCCCUGGAUGGGAGAAGAGUCGCCAAUGUCGCCUAUUUUCAAGGACAUGGAUGAAACCCGUGGAGAGGAUGUUGACUUCGUCAUGGUGGAUAGUGGAUUUAUUCGUGGGCAUGACAUGCACGAAAUGCCCUUGACGGUUCUCUAUGAUCAUGGGGAGGAAAUAGACACUGCUCCAUUUGACCCCAAUGAGGUCAUGAGCCUCAUUGAGAGAGCAUGA